ACUCACUCAACUUACCAUUUCUACACAAAACGUAAGGAUUGGAAGUUAACCAAAUCAAACCAUGAUGAGUAUGAAGUAUGUGAUCGUGCUUGUCAUAGCAAUUGCAGCAAUUGCAGAAGGCGCCGAGUACACUGUAGGAGACGACAUGGGUUGGAUGGUUCCUCCCACUCCCGACUAUUAUGCUUCAUGGGUUUCCAAGUAUUCUUUUGUGGAGAACGAUACUCUAGUGUUUAACUUUGAAGAAGGAGUGCAUGACAUCACUGUACUAACCAAGGAAGACUUCGACGCCUGCAACAUGAAGAAUCCCUUGUUUCAGUCCCCAAAACCAGGUAGAGUUACCGUUGAGGCGAGCGACACAUUUUACUUCACGUGCAGUUUUGGUCAGCACUGCGCGAAUGGGCAAAAGUUCGCCAUUUAUUUUGCCUCUGCACCUUUGCCUCCUAGUCCGAGUCCAAGUGCAUCUGCUGCUACUGAUCAAUCUCUGGACACCCAGCGGUUAAAGUUUGUGUCAAGAAAGAUGGGUAACUAGGAAGGUUUGGCCUGAAGUGAUCCAAUUCAAACCGUGAAGCGAAAGUCCUUGCUAGCUGGCAAAAAUUCAAGAAGCCUUGAGUCGUGAUUGUACCAUUUUUUUAUUUUUAUUUUUGAAUAAGUCGUGAUUGUACCGUAUCUUUGGUGUGUAUCAUGUGAUCCACAAAAUAAGAUUAUGAUCGAAUUACGAUCAGAUUUAUUUGUAUC